AUGAAGCCCGGUCACCACCGGCGCUCUUCGCACGGGCACUACCCGCACUCCCACUCGCCCCGGCACUCCAAUUCGCUCAAUCACGGUUCCGGAACGGCUCAUGCUCACGGGUCAGGCUCCUCGUCUUCCACCGCCUUUGAUCCAGUCCGACGUCGGUCGCACAAGAGCCGGAGACGAGGGAGUAAGGAGGUGCAUGAUGAGGUGGAGACGGUCAGGGCGUCGACGGCGGCAGGGGGCAGCGAGGAUCCGUAUAUCCGCGUGGACAAUGCGGACGAUUUCUGGCUUGAGAUAGAGGAGAUCGUCAAUAUACCGAGCGAUGCGGACCUUACCCAGCUGGAUGGGUCGCUGAGGAUGUUCGUCAGCUUCUGUUCAGCGUAUCACGAUCAAUUCCUGCCUACACAGGAUGAUAUGCAGCAUGCUGUCAAGGCGCUACUGGCCUCGGAGCUGUUCAAAUACCAUACGGAACGGAUGCUGGGGAUUGUGAUGGUGGAGGCUCAGGAGAACACCAACCCGCACGACCUGUACAUCCUCUACCAUAUCAUCCUGUACUAUGGCUUCCGGCAUCCCAGCCUAUUCAGGUCACAUCGGAAAUGGCGGACCCUCCUGCCCAGUCUCGGCGAGAUCGUCAGCGUGGAAGCUGAGGAGGUGAGCUUUCUUUCUCCCUCGGGAGCUUGGCUGACAUGCCAGUCCUUCAUCCUCGGUCUCCCUCCAAUUGAGACUCGAAUACGCCUACCAGCGACCUACCUGAUGUACGAAGUCUGCCGGGUCCAGAAGCUAGACAACCUCGAGCUCUCCCCCUUCGACGAGCGCUUCAUCGACCACUUGCUCGAAAUGGUCGAAACCACCCGGAAUCAGCAGGACGAAUCGCUCAACUACGCAGUCAUCAAGCUCAUCCUUGCUCUCAAUGAGCAAUUCAUGGUCGCUACCCUUCCCACCAAGGCGUCGCGCGAGCCCCGCGAAACCCGUGAGACCGUGGUCGAGUCGCCCGCGUCGACCACGAUGCUGGGCAGUCAGACCGCACCUUUACCCACCUCGACACGUCUCGGGGAGAAUGCAGUACCCCUCCCGACGAGAGAUGCGACCAAGGCGAUGAGUUUGGAUACGCACACGAGACACCAGCGGUUGCAUAGCGGGAAUCUGGGCGCGGCGAAUGGGCAUGAUCAGGGGGAUGAGUCGAAAAAGUCGAAUCGGGUGUUGAUGGUGCUCAUGCGAAGACUGGGGAGUAGCAAGACGUUCGGGGAGAACAUCAUCUUCAUGCUGAACAGGGCUGAAAACACCGCGGAGGACAUGUGCAUGCAGCUACUCAUCCUUAAGAUGCUGUACCUGCUGUUCACAACCCCGGGAACGCACGAGUACUUCUACACGAAUGACCUGCGAGUGUUGCUGGAUGUGUUCAUCCGCGAGCUUGUCGACUUGCCAGAGGAGCACGAAGCUCUUCGUCACACCUAUCUCCGCGUCCUCUAUCCUCUCCUCAACCACACUCAGCUCAAAUCCGACCCCUACAAACGCCCCCAGAUCAAACUCGUCCUCCGAUCCCUCAUCUCGAACGCCCACCUCCGGGACGUCCACGCCACUACCACUCGGCUUGUCGAGCGAUGCCUCGAAGAGCCGCGCAAACUCGAGCGCUCCCACUCUGCCGAACACGUCACUUCCAACGGGAAUGGAAACGGGAACGGCUCCACUAUGUCCUUGCAAUCCGUCGCCAAUGCCCUUCCUACGCCUAUCAAACCCAAACCCAGCGGUCUCCUCUCCAUCUCCACAUCGGUCUACACCUCCCGCGACCCUAUCCGCCAAUCAAGUCUGAAUGACGUCUCGGAUACACUAGCUCCCGAGCUUCAGCGCCGGCCUCGGUCGGCUACCGAGUCACAUACCCCUCGGUCAAGUUCAAGGGAUCGGAGUGCGAGUGGCGGCUCGCUCACGCCGGUGCGGAGGAGGCCACCGCCAGUGCCGCCCUUGAGAAAGAUGGCGAGGAAUGGGAGCGGGACAUGGUCGGGUAGUGAAGAUGGGUCGGUCAGUGGGCGAAGUCCCGUGGCGGAUGGGAUCAUGUCGGGGAGCUUGGAGCUGGAUCUGGUGCGUGAGGGGGCGAAAGGGGUGCCGACGCCUAUUAUAGAGGUGCAGCCUCCACCGCCAGAUCGGGGAUGGAUCACGUUCACCGCAUAA